UUAUAAAAGGCGGCGGCCGAGCGGACUCAGGCUUAGUCCUGUCCCUCGCCUGCCUACUCUCCGCAAUGACGCUCUCCAGAGGUCUACUUGCACUCGUGGCCACCGUGCUGGCCGCCGCGCCAACCACCCUGGCCAAGUCUGUCCAACCAAAGACACUUCCUACUUAUUUUAAACUUUGUGAACGCGACUCUGCAAACUUCAGCGAGUGCAUAGCAGAAUCAGUAAAUCUCCUCAGGCCGUAUCUUGAAAAUGGAAUCCGUCCCUUUAGGAUACCGCCGCUGAAUCCCCUGAGUCUGGAGGAGGUGAGCAUUGACGAGGGCAUGGGCCCAGUGUCCAUCAACCUCAAGCUGACCAAGCUGAGCGUGGAGGGUGGCCAGAACUACAAAGUUAACUCAGUGAGACCGGAGCUGGAAAACCACAAGAUCCACUUCAGCAUUGACCUGCCUUUGCUGGAGAUGCAUGGUGAUUAUGAAAUGGACGGACGGGCCCUGGUGCUGCCCAUCAGGGGCAAGGGCAAAGCAGACAUCAAUGUCUAUAACAUUUCGCCGAACGCAACCCUGAUCGGAAAGCCGGUGUACCGGAAUGGCGUCAAGUACAUGGAGCUUGAGGACUUCCCCGUUUCCAUUGGACCUGCCAAAUUGGUCAAGCUGAACUUCGGCAACCUCUUCGGCGGAAACAAACAACUUGGUGACAACAUGAACCGCUUCCUGAACGACAACUGGAAAGAGGUGAUGGAUGAGCUGCGUCCAAUCAUUGAGAACGUGGUUUCGGCGUUCCUCAUUUCGGCCUCGAAAGGGAUCUUCCACACGGUGCCCUUCGACUCGCUCUUCCCCGAAACGAAGUCUGACUAAAUCGUAUACCCACUCGUCACAUCUCACAAUCACUGAUCUUUUUACACAUACACAUGUAUAUUUAAAAAUAUUUAGCAUAUUUUUAUUUAUUUCUGCAACUUGGUGUUUUGUUGCACCCGCGGCUUUAAGUGUAUUAUGGAAAACGAACCCUUCGCAUUUAUUGUUAGCAAAAAAAUGCUAAUUAUAGAAUAGCUAUUUUUACGUUUUGUGUGAAAAGGGCCCAAAAUCAAGUUUGUCACAUUUGAACGUGGCAAAAUGAUGGGUGCAAGUUCGACGUGCAAAAACCUGUAGGUGAUAAUGACUACUUAUUACUCCUUUUUUUGUAAGAGUGGCGUGUUCUUGGUGGACUCUGCUGUCACUUUGUACUUGUUCUUUAGUUUUGCCCUACGGUGCUGAGCGCCGAGGGAGGUCACCUUCAAUAAACAUGUUUACUGUCUCUAGAGACAAAUAAAAUCAAUUGUUUUUUUUCUA